AUGUCUUUUUAUUUCCGAAGGUUGGGGAUAGACUUUCCCCAAGCUUUACCUUGUCCGGAUUUGAUCAUCGACCCGACAGGAAACUACAACUGCACAGGCAUCAGCGGAACUGUAGGAGAUUCUGUCACGUGUAGUUGUUAUCUUGGUUAUAUGUACUCUGACAACAGUAACAUCCGGGUCUUGGACUGCACCUUGAUGACUGAUAGUCCAGUGUGGUCCAACCGACUGGCAUCAUGCGGACGUACAACAGAGAUAUGCUCCCCGCCCACAAUUCCAACAGAAAACCACGUGACCGGAAACGUUUCAGGAGCAAUCGUCGGCGAUGUCAUCCUGUACGUUUGUGACCCUGGGUACGCAGUCCAAGCCGGCAACGCCUACGUGACCUCUGUUUCCGUUGAGUGCGUCAGUGCUAACAACACACAUGAAUUGGAGACAACUACGCCAUCUAGCGAAAACUCGUCCAGGUUACCAUGCCCGGAAUUGAUCAUCAACGAGACCGGAAACUACAACUGCACAGGCACCAACGGUACGGUUGGAGAUCUGGUCAUGUGCACAUGUUACCCUGGCUACGCAUUCAAUGAUAGCAGUAACAUCCGGGUAGUGAAUUGUACCUGGAUGACCGGCAAUCUUGUUUGGUCCAACCAACUGACGUCAUGCGAACCCCAGCCCUGCCCAAACAUCUCCACUGUUGUUACCCCCGAUCACCAUGUGACCUAUGAGGACUCCGGCCCGGUGACUGUGGGACAAAACAUCACCGUGAGAUGUGAAGGUGGUUAUGCACUGAGCGCUGAAAACCACACAGAUACCGUUCAAACCCUCGAAUGCGGUGCCAACGGGCCUUCGUCCGCUGCCUGGUGCAGUGUGGUAACGCCUUGUAUAGCUCUUCCCUGUCCAUUAAUUGAACUAACAUCAGCGAACCACUUGGUGAUGGCCAACCAUUCAGGCUUUCUGGGGGACAGAAUAACGUUUGAGUGCGAGGCCAAUUACACGUUACCAGGAUUUGUGACUACACUGGAAGUGAAUUGCAGUUGGGACGGUUUGUCCACCAGUUGGUCUCAGCCUGUACCGACAUGUGUGGCCAUUUGUGCUCCACCAAUGAGUCCAAAAGAGAACCACGUGACCGGAAAUGUUUCACGUGCACUUGUCGGUGACAUCAUCCUAUACGUGUGUGAUCCUGGAUACGUUGUUCAAACUGGUGGCGUUUACGCGACCUCUGUACCUGUGGAGUGUGUCAGUGUAAACUCUACGCCAUCUAGCGGAGAUCUGCCCAGUGAUAGUGCUGUUUGGGAAUCCGCUCCCCCCAUGUUACCCAUGUCCUCCAAUCACCACUUCGAAUUGGAACCACGCCCAUGUGAGCGGCAACUUGAAUACGUCAAGGGUUGGAGAUCAAGUAGACGUCUCCUGUGA